AUGUCUAGAUGUCCGAAACUUUGCUACCCCAUCGCUCCAUCGAAAGCUUGCUGCCCACCCAGCUGCCCGCCCAGCUGCCCGUCCAGCUGCCCGGCAUUCUGCCGCUGCCUCAAGUGUACUCCGUCUUCUAAGGGCAGCGGUAACUGCGGCAAAUGCCCAGCUAAACCUGACCGCUGUCCAAAACGAGGCUCGUCCAAGCCCAAGAAGUGUGCGACCUGUUGCUGCCUCUGCUGUCUAGACAAGGUCAGCCAGACGCCCAAGUGUACGUCCUGCUACCAGAAGACGUUCCCUAGCUCGUGUUCGUCCACGUUUCAGGUCAGGGGUCAAGGUGUGUGUAAACCCAAGCCCCGCCCAGCGAGCGCCUGCACGUCACCAAAACCAAGAAAAGCCUGCUGCUGCUUGCCAGCCAUCUGCCGAGACAACAGCCGACUGGGCGCUGGCUGCAGCAAGGGCGGCUGUGGUGGCUACACUCCAUCUGGCUGGAACAAGCUCAUGACCAAAUGCCGGCUCAUGCAGGAACAGGAGGCUGAGUGCACGUGCACCCCGUGCACCCCGUGCCCACCUAAACGGAAGCCGCGGUGCAAACCUAACCCAUGCGCAGACGCGUCCAACUCACAGGGCGCGCCCAAUGCAAUGGGCAGUAGUGAGUUGAGCUCACGCGUGUGUACCCCCGCCCCCUUUCAGUCAGCUCUGAGCUUUGUGCCAGCUGUAGAAGCGACAGCCUAUGACAAGGACAGUCAGGUCGCCCACGAUUAUUGGGCGAGAGUUCUGUCCCAUGCAGCCAGAGAGACCAAUGAGGUAUCGAAACGUGAGGGUUGGGCUUGGGGUUGUCAUUCGCCUGAGUCCUUCGGCCAACUUAGCUCCGCUCUGGCCAGCGCUCAAACUAGCUCGAUUCUAGAUUAUGUUCGGGAUCAAGGUGAAGGUUACGACGAGAUAACCAGUAAGGUACGUCAAGUCAAACAAUGGAAUAUCCUAGAUCAAAGGUUCGGGGACAUGUAUAAAUGUAACGGGAGUCACGACAAAUGUGCCCCGAAUGUUGUGGACUGUUGUCACGACAAAUAUGCCCAAAAUGUUGUGGACUGUUGUCACGACAAAUGUGCCCAAAAUGUUGCAAACAAUGCCGUUAUCCGCGGAGACAACAAGUGCUUAGCUUCGGGCAACCAAGUUCAUUCUUGUAAGCUCCAUAAAACUAAAUCUUCCUGCGGGAAAAAAUCCUCCAGUCCACCCAAGAUAGACAACCUGAUUUUAGAAGAGGUGGCGAACUUUGACCCCAGUACUAAAGCCCAUAUUCGCCGCCAAGUCGCCGAUCGACUAAAAGAAGAAAUUCAAAGAGCGAAAAUUUGUAUUGAAAGGGAAACAACUCGCCCUCGAAGCUAUUUUAACUAUCAGGGGAAGGAAUUCAUCCUGGGCUCUCAGGCCAACAAGAAUAUAGUGAUCCAACACAUGGACCCAGAUCACGUGAGUUACCUAGACAAACUGGAUGAAACUUUACUGAAGAAAUGUAUCGUGGAAGACGACUGCACUACUACAAACGGUAUUCCUCACAGCCAAGAUGAGAUGAAACUGAUAAAAACAAAACCAGCGACAACAGAGAGAAGAAAAAAAGUCCAGAAAAAACAAAAACGAAAGAAUUGCGUGCGAGGAAACAAACAGAAAGGGAACUGUAGGUCAACAGACGUAUUUGAGCGUUUGUAUAACAACAUCCAUUCGAAAAAACUGAACGCCUAUUGCCACAACGGAGCAGAGUACAAACAGGAAAAACUUAACGCGUAUACUAAUAGCCACGACAGAACGGACUACGAACAGGAAAAACGAAAUGACUAUAGCCACGACAAGACGGACUACCAAGAGGAAAAACUCAACAACUAUAGCCACGACAGAACGGACUACGAACAGGAAAAACGAAAUGACUAUAGCCACGACAGAACGGACCGUCUACUCCAAGAUUUCCCGUGGACCAAACAUCACUUGAACGCAUCGCAUUGUCACCACGGAGAACUCAACUUUAAUAGAUCGAUGACGUAUGAUAUGCAGCAUUUGUCGGACCGACACGCGGACGAACCUCAUCCGUCGUACCACAUGUCGCUGGAGACACAAGACACAGACGAGAGUGACGUCAACAAACGGAAGUUCACUCAACUUUUAGAAAAUCUCCCGGACAAUUUGUCAACUCUGGAAUCGAAAUCGCUGAUGAAAAAUGUUGUAUCGAUCCUACAGAAGAAACUGCCGAGCGAAGACGGACGACCUUGGUGUGAGUCAAGUCUUAACGACCAGUCUAGCGAGGCGAUGACGUAUAAAUACAGAACUGGCCAGCUGCAAGGUCCAGCCAGUGGGUACAGGGUGCCCUACUGCUCUGACCGGCUGAACGAGCUCAAACAACGUCUAGAUCGGCGGUGUCAUCAGGACGACUGGUGCAAUACAGUGGGUGGGGACCACAAGGCUUUUACGUACAGCAGUCCAUUGUCACACACCACCCUGAUGCCACACUCCAGCCCAAUUCCACACUCCAGCCUAGUAGCACACACCAGCCGACUAACACACACCAACCACACCGCGUACAACCACAGACAACCCUACAAUCAGCCGCCCGACGCCAACAACCAGCCCUGCCUGCAGCCAGCCUUUAGCCAUAAUCUACGGGCCAGUGUUGACCAGAGUACGGACAGCUCGCCUGACCGUCAACUGUUCGACAACUUACCACCAACCAUGUACAAGAUACCACCAACCAUGUACAAGAUACCACCAACAAUGUACGAGAUACCACCAACGUUGUCCAAGAUGCAACCAAAUUUGUAUCUUAGCACUGCUGAUAAGCCACCAUGUCAGUCACACGACAGACAUGUAUCCGUUUGGCCCACAUCCACUUCACCACACCGACAUCCGACAUCCACUUCACCACACCGACAUCCGACAUCCACUUCACCACACCGACAUCCGACAUCCCAAACUUCGUCUGUCCCCGCUGUGUCCGGGGCGUUGAGUCCUCUAGGAUCUGCAUACCGCCACCAGCCUCCCACCCUAUGCCACCAGCCUCCCACCCACGGCCACCAGCCUCCCACCCACGGCCACCAGCCUCCCACCCACGGCCACCAGCCUCCCACCCUAUGCCACCAGCCUCCCACCCACGGCCACCAGCCUCCCACCCACGGCCACCAGCCUACCACCCACGGCCACCAGCCUCCCAUCCUAGGCUACCAGGACAUCCAGCCGCUACGUCACCAAUCUAGCACUGACCACCUACGACACCAAUCUAGCACUGACCAGCUACGACACCAGCUUGCUAGUAACACGUCUAACAACAUUCACUCAACUCCAACGACUGGAAGUUCCCAAACCCCAACAAACAAAGUUGACCAGACUCUCAAGCUUCCAUCAGCAGCACCAACAAACAAAGUUGACCAGACUCUCAAGCUUUCAUCAGCAGCACCUCUGUCUAAUCAGAUCUUGGAGCCAUCGCUGCAUGAAGCUCAUCAGCAGCCAGACUUGCAGGCAGGUUCUAGAGGUCUACAAACAAGCUUCGAGCCAGUUUAUCUGCCGACAAAUGCCGGCCAACGAAAAUCCCCAACUAGCUCUAAUCGGUCUGUAGAGGAGACAGUUGAACCAUGCCAGAAGAAUGCGUCUGCCCGAGGACCGCCAUCUUUGUAUCCACACGGUGACGCCGAUCUCCUACCCACAACGCAGACAUUGCUCAGUAAAACGGACCAAUCAAAAAGAACCUCUGCUGACGCUGGCUAUGACCUCAGGUCAGUGAGGUCAGCACGUUCCCUCAGCCAACAGGUCGAGGCGGGAAACGUCACAAGCAACCCCGUGUCUGUGGGUAUCAACACUGACCAGAGCAGCUUGACCAACCCACCGGCUGAGGCCAGUGGCCGUAAGUCGACGGAUCCCUCUCUCUGUACAACCGACGACUGGGACAACUUCACCACUGCCCGGGUAGAAGCUUCGGUAGCUUCCGUGGACCUGGACGCUCUGUCUGUGUCAGUGGAUACUCUGGACAACAGCAUUUCUCUAACCACCAAGCUGGCCGAGGUCAAGGCCAACUUCCAGGAUAACUCUAUAGAACACGCCAAGUCUUCUGUUAAGUUGAGCGGGGAGAGUAAGGGAACAAUUAAUAUUAAAGAAAGCUCGUCAAUGAUCAAAUGUCCACAUGAGAAAUUAAACAUCGAUGUUGAGCACCGAGCCAGUCGUUGCUCCGUUAACAGCACAGCCACUAGAUCUAGACGACCAGGCUCGUGUGGGCGUAACGGUGUGGCCUCAGCAACACAGCCAACUGGGAAAUGUAACGAGCUAACACAGGUCACCACAAGAAACACGGGCCGUGAUGGGUCGGGGGUGACACCUCAAACAAAUGGCAAGAACGUGAUUGAACUUCAUUACAGCCCCCGGGUUCUGGAAACUACAAGCAAGGCGGCACAAGAGCAGACGCCAAGACAGCCUGCGUGGCCAACAGAAUCGUGUAGGUCAUCUGAUUGGCGGGGGUCUAAUCACGUGACUGGAGUUAACGAAAAUUAUGUUGUGAACUCCAAAACUCCGUCAUCGGAAACAAAGUCGCGUGUCAGCUUCGCUUCAGGAGACAAUGUUUGCGUGGACUUUACCAGAGACAACACCAAUAAACACCAGACACCUGCUGACAACACCAAUAAACACCAAACAGCUGCUACUAAAGACACUAUGAUGACGUCAGGUGACAAUCACUUACCGUGUAGAUGCCUGGAUCAAAUGGUUCACUCCUUGCUGAACAUCAGAAAGCCUGACUUGGGCAGAGCUUUGUCUUUCCUCGAGAACUUUUCUCCCAUCACGCCUGUGGACAUCAACACCAAGUACCCGCUGCUGAUAUCCAACAGAAGGGCGGGCGGCAGGGGCGAGAUCGAGCUGUCAGACGACGACAGCACGUGGACGACGGCCAGCAAGUCGUCGACCUCCUGCAGGAACGACUCCCUCAAUGCCAGUCUGCUGGCCCAGACACACGACCAGAACAAGACGGACUCGGCACACCAGCGGAUAAACCAACAGUUAGAGAUGAAUCAAAACCAACAGCUAGAACCGCAGCUAAAUCAACAGCUAGAACCGCAGCUAAAUCAACAGCUAGAACCGCAGCUAAAUCAACAGCUAGAACUGCAGCAAAACCAGAAGCUAGAACCGCAGCAAAGGCUCAACAGCCAGCCUAAGCUAGUGACGCCAAAGCGCGAGCAAGUGACCAACACCCCCUCGCAGAACCCCUCCAGCGCUGAGCACGUGCGCUCUACUGGUGAUCCAACAGAAACCUCAACGCACGAGCAGACACGUGCCAGACAUGACACGGCGACCGUCACCCAUCUAGACACCACCGCUGAGACCAGCCUCUCAUUCAGUGCUGACAACUCCAAGGAAGAUACCAGUGUGUCUGGGGAACUAAGGAAGGGCUCAGAUCUGGCUGGUCCUCAGGCUAGAGACUUGAACUACAAGUCUACAACUUGUACUUCCAAUAGCAAAUCCUUUGACAGUGAGACUAGUGUCGCUCGUCGAUUGGUGCAGAGAAAUUCGAAAUCCUCCAAUCAACAAUCGUCUGUGUUUCGCUAUCCAAUUAAAAUGAAACAACACAAAGACGAGCCUCAGAUUAUUUACCUCAAUAAAUUUGAGGAGUUUUGGACGGCAACAAUUGAACCGGACCUUCCAGCUGCGCAUGCGCAGAGAGCUGUCAGUAGCAGCUCGCGGAGAAAGAGCUCAGAGCGUGCAUGGGAGCCAGGCUCACAGCGCGGGGCGGCAUACAACAACAACUUCAGGAUGAGUCCACAGCGUACCAAGUUCAUUCAACAGUCGACUCGUGGGUUUAAGCCUGAGUCGGGGUGGAGGUCAAAAGUUGACCUCGGAGAAGUCAGUCAGUCGCGAGUGUCUAGUCAAGUCAAACCACACUGUGGACAUCAACACCGGCCAUGUCAAGACCAAGCAAAGCCCCGUCAAUCGAGCGCCGUCUGCCAUAGAGAGAGUUCUCAUGAACAAAAUGACGUCAUGGAUUCAGCCUCAAGCCCCGCGACCAAAGACAACAGUGCAGAAAGGGGCGCGGUAAAGGACAAACGGACCUCCCAAAGGUGUGCACGGCCAGGUGUCAGACAGUUGAAACAAAAUGGAGUCAAUGUUCAAAAAGUUUGGGCAGAAGAACCCCCAAAAGCUAGAAAAACAGAUGGAGCCCGAAGUGGCCAAAAGAGCAACUGUUCUAGGGAAGCCAGGCAUUGCAGCAUGGAUGAGACCUCCAUCCAGAACUUCAAUAACAUCAAAUUUUGGUGCUCCAAGUACAGGAAGUCAAGGACACCGGAAGCUCGUCGAAACUCGCUUAGGGCGUAUGUGUCGUCUGAGAACAAUCACCAAAGUAAAACUGAAACGUACAGUGGCACGCCUGCGACUAGUAGACGACUAGCCGUGAGUUCACAUAAAAAACUAAACAACGAUCAAAGCUUGAGUAGAACUUUAAAAACGGAUUUACCCAAAACUCACCGGCGAUUGAAACCCACCGCAAUACGAACGUCCCGUGUCGGCCAGUACCAAACUAGUCCACAACGCCAGAAGAAAAAUGUCAAGGGUGAGAGCUACGGCAACGUUGUCAUCAUAGACGUGGAGGACAGCCGUGUCAGCAAGCCCGUGGUGGUCAAGACGUACAGCGCGGACAGUGCCGUGCCUGUGGUGGUCAAGACCUACGACACGCUCCGCUCGUCCCCUAAGUUCAGCGUCAGAACCAUCCAGUCUUCGUCCAGCGCGGGGACGGGCAGUCAGGGUGGCAGGACACGUCUUGUCUCCUCACAGUCCUACACCGUGUGCGCCAACAACAACUGUCCUACAUGGUCCUCUGGUGACGUCAAGCAUGACAAAAACUGUCCUACAUGGUCCUCUUGUGACGUCAAGCAUGACAAAAACUGUCCUACAUGGUCCUCUUGUGACGUCAAGCAUGACAAAAACUGUCCUACAUGGUCCUCUGGUGACGUCAAGCAUGACAAAAACUGUCCUACAUGGUCCUCUUGUGACGUCAAGCAUGACAAAAACUGUCCUACAUGGUCCUCUUGUGACGUCAAGCAUGACAAAAACUGUCCUACAUGGUCCUCUGGUGACGUCAAGCAUGACAAAAACUGUCCUACAUGGUCCUCUGGUGACGUCAAGCAUGACAAAAACUGUCCUACUUGGUCCUCUGGUGACGUCAAGCAUGACACAAACUGUCCUACAUGGUCCUCUGGUGACGUCAAGCAUGACAAAAACUGUCCUACAUGGUCCUCUGGUGACGUCAAGCAUGACAAAAACUGCUCGCACAAACAGCGUCCUAUGUCCACCGGAAGUGACACGACGUCAUACUCAGCUGAUGAUUCUUCAGACAAUACAGAUGAAAGUUAUUCAGGAUCUGACGAAGACGACAACUCAAGUGAAUGUAGUAGUUGUUCUACAGAAAACUGCAAUACCAACUGUUGCUAUGAUGAAAGUGAGGACAAGAAAAAAAGACCAAGUUUAAAAAUUUUAGGAGAGCUGGCAUUUCAGUUGGAGAGAAGGAUCUUAGAUUAUGUUUUUGGUAUGGAAGACACCAAACGCAAACGUUUUUACGGCUACACCGUGGGAAAUAUUUUCUCCAUGAUGGAAAGAGAAUCAAAAAACCCAAGAGGCGGAAGUGACGCAAUAACCAAAAGUGAGUUGGUCUGCAGACUCAGAAAGCUAAUGGUUGGUUUGGAGAAGUACGGUUAUAAUAUCAAGUUCCAUGCUGAAUUCGCCCAAGAGAUAGUCAACAAAUAUGGCCUCUUGGCCUGCCCGCCAGACCAGGUGACCAUUGAAGAAUUCCGCCUCAACGACCCACUAGCCAUCUCCACCCUGAUCCAGCAGCUGGCUCAAGGUCCCAGUGAAAUGAGCCACCUCAACGUCUUACUCAACAGUCUCGUCUACCUGUCCAACUGUGACCACAGGCCAUUGUUCAUUUGGUGACUCCAUACAUUUCACACUCCUCCAAUGGUGAUACUAUUUUAAUUGCUCAAUGGUGAUACAAUUCAAAUUGUUCAAACGGUGAUUGUUUCAAAUUGCUUAAGUGGUUAUAUAUUUGAAAAAGUAUGUCUUCUGUUUAGGAAAAUUCAAGUUUUAGUAACGGUGUAUAAAACUGACAAAUGUAAAGAUCAUAGUUCAUACAGCUACCAUCAGCUGAGUUUAAUGUACCAAAACAAUCAUGUACCAACAGUUUUCUUUUAAAGAAAAAUUGUUUUUCAAUGUUACCAACUUAUAUGGCCUUAGAUAGGUCAAUUAUAAACUUUGUAACGUCUUUUAAAAUUUGUUUCUUAAAAUAAGAGCAGGUUUUUUACAAGACAAUGUAUAAGAAUAAGACUUAAUGUUACAAAUGU